GCGCCGCGGCCUGGGGCUUGGGAUGUGAGGGGCAGUGGGCUCAGGGCUCCCGGCUGUGACGGCUGAGAGAGGCGGCGAGGGCGGCGCAGGCGGACGGACGAGGCCGGGGCUCCGUGGGCUACCAGCCGACUGGGUCACGGGAUGAGGAAGCGGACUGAGCCCGUCACCUUGGAGCAUGAAAGCUGCGCCGCCUCGGGCUCGUCCUCCUCCGGCUCGGCCGCCUCGGCGCUGGACGCCGAUUGCCGCUUGAAGCAGAACCUGCGCUUGGCGGGCAAGGGCUCGGCCGAGCCGUGCUGCGCAGCCGACGUGGGCAUGAAGCGAACGCUGGGCAGGCGAAAGGGUUUGUGGUUCCGACUGAGGAAGAUACUUCUCUGUGUUCUGGGGUUCUACAUUGCCAUUCCAUUUCUCGUCAAAUUAUGUCCUGGGAUACAGGCCAAACUGAUUUUCUUGAAUUUUGUGAGGGUUCCCUAUUUCAUUGACUUGAAAAAGCCACAGGAUCAAGGUUUGAAUCACACCUGCAAUUACUACCUCCAGCCAGAAGAAGAUGUGACUAUUGGAGUCUGGCAUACCAUCCCCGCUGUUUGGUGGAAGAAUGCCCAAGGGAAGGACCAGAUGUGGUAUGAGGAUGCCCUGGCUUCCAACCACCCCGUCAUUCUGUACCUGCAUGGGAAUGCAGGUACCAGAGGAGGCGACCACCGAGUGGAACUGUACAAGGUGCUGAGUUCCCUUGGUUACCACGUGGUCACUUUUGACUACAGAGGUUGGGGUGACUCAAUAGGAACACCAUCUGAGCGUGGCAUGACCUAUGAUGCCCUCCACGUUUUUGAUUGGAUCAAAGCAAGAAGUGGUGACAACCCUGUAUAUAUUUGGGGCCAUUCACUGGGCACUGGAGUGGCGACAAAUCUGGUACGGCGCCUCUGUGAGCGAGAGACGCCUCCAGAUGCCCUUAUCUUGGAGUCUCCGUUUACUAAUAUCCGCGAAGAAGCAAAGAGCCAUCCAUUUUCAGUGAUAUAUCGAUACUUCCCUGGGUUUGACUGGUUCUUCCUUGAUCCCAUUACAAGCAGUGGAAUUAAAUUUGCAAAUGAUGAAAAUGUGAAGCAUAUCUCCUGUCCCUUGCUCAUCCUGCAUGCAGAAGAUGACCCAGUUGUACCCUUCCAGCUCGGCAGAAAGCUCUACAACAUUGCUGCACCAUCUCGAAGCUUCAGAGACUUUAAAGUCCAGUUUAUCCCCUUCCACUCAGACCUUGGGUAUAGGCACAAAUACAUCUACAAGAGCCCUGAGCUUCCACGGAUACUGAGGGAGUUCCUGGGCAAGUCAGAACCUGAACGCCAGCAUUGAGACUGGCCCAUGAAGGAGCAUGAAGACCCACCUUCCUCCCCUUCUCCCUGGCCAGCAGCCAGGACCCUGGAGCCAGAAAGCCACCACCUGCGGUGCUCAGGAGCCCAGUGUGCACCUGGAGAGAGGACUCAGACUCGGUGGCAGAGUCGCCGCAGAUGUGGAUCUGUGUGGAGAACACAGGUGAUAGGCUUGCAGCCCCUCGCCCCUGGUGGCCAUUUACUUGAGCUCUUGUUGGGAAGAUUUCCUGGUGGCAGCUGUGUGGAUCCCAUACAUACUUCCUGUGCUAGACAUGAGGAGCCUGGGAGGGGCCCAGCAGCUCAGGACCACUCUGAGCUCUCAGGCACUGCCACAGAGAAUAUGGGGAAAUGGUUCUUUCUGCCCUUCCUGGCACAUGCAGAAUGGACUCCAGUGGUGAGAUAGUCCCCAUGUACCUGCUUGCCUUCUUCAGCUCUCCCUACCUCCCCUGGCACCUGCUCCCCUACAGCAAAGGGCACCUGGAUCUGCACUUCCUCCCAUUCUGCCCACCUGUUGCCUAACCUGGCCGUAGACUGAGCAUUUAUUUAAGAAUAAAAUCGUGGUGGUGGACUGUU